AUGCCUGCCAGCGGGCCGACGAACUCUUCCCCUCUCAACCCGCCAUCGAACGACGGCUUAUCAGAGCUGCUUGAUAGCAUGACCAACUCAGAGCUUUUCUCUUUCAUGACCGUCCGCAGGUCGGAGUUCAGUAGGAUCGCUGCCAUUCUUAAGGAACGAGAAGAGUCGGCAAAGGCCGAGGCUUUGAAGGAUCUCUCGGUCACCGUUGCAAAGCUGCAGGAUAAAAAUAACAGUUUGGAGAAGGAAUUGCUUGCCUUGAGGAACAACCAAGCCGAGAUUCAGAAGAAUCAGAUCCAGAUGCAUAACUCGUUAAAUUGUGAAAUUAUGAAGCUUGGGAUGAAGAAAAAGGAUUGUGUUCGUCUCAAGGGAGAAGUCGAAAACUUAAAGAAGGAUUGCACGGCUCUCAGAGAAAGCGAGAAACUUGCUCAAGAAAAGAUCAAUGAUUUAAUGGAAGAGGUUCAAAGAGCUAGGGAAGAAUCUGCUAGUAGAAGAGCAGAGGAUGAGCUUAAUGCAUUGAAGCACAAGUAUUUAGAGAUUGUGCAGAAGGAAACGGAUCUAACGUGCGACCUUAUUCGAUAUAGUGCCUAUUGUUCGAGUCUUAAGGAGAGGUUUACUAGCCUGAAAAGAGCGUAUUCAGCCCUCGAAGUGUCUGUAAAAAAUACCAACAAGAGAAGCAAAUUAUUGGAGGAGGUUCAGUUAAAGUUGGAGGAAGCAAGGAAUGGGAGAAUUGUUGAGUUUGAUUCAUGGAAGGAUAAAUACUCGCCAAUAGAGACUUGGAUUCAGCAGUUCUUAGACAACAAUUCUCAUCUGGUGGAGAAAGUUAAAGAACAGACCACAACGAAAGAAGCAAAAUGCGAAAUUUUAUACAAGCAAUUAGAAUUGCAGGAAGAGGAAGUUUUUAGUGGUUUCAAACAUCUAGAAAAGCUUCUUACCCCUAUCGAAGAACAUAGAAAAUGCUUCAAGGGGUCGUUAAUGUGUAAGUGA